AUGGCCAAAGAAAAAAAAACGGCAACACGUAGCGCAAUAUCAGAUGUCGUGACUCGUGACUACACAAUUCACUUGCAUAAAGCCGUGAGCUUCAAAUACCGAGCACCACAAGCCGUAAAAGCCAUCAAAACAUUUGCUAAAAGACAUAUGGGAACUUCGGACGUACGUCUUGAUCCACAGUUGAACAAGGAAAUCUGGAAACAGGGUAUCAGGAAUGUACCGCGUCGAAUGCGCCUACGAUUAUCGCGUAAGCGCAAUGAUGAGGAAGACGCAAAAGAAAAAUUGUAUACGUAUGUGACGUAUGUGCAUGCGAAUAGUUUCAAAGGCUUAGAAACUACAGUUGUAGAAGAUUAA